UCGAAAUUCCCCUUUACAUAAAAUGGUUACUUCUUACAAAACUCAUGCAACCGAAACAUUCCCAGUUGGAAUAAACGCUUUCAUUACGCCACGCAUAACUACAAACAACUUAAAACUGUAUUUUGAAUUUUUUUGGAUAUUAACAGCGACUUACAUUGGUAUUAAUAUUACGCGUUAGAAUCCACAGUCCAAUUUAUUUUAUACAUCGGACUGGAUGUACGGUGUUGCAACAUGCUUUCCAGAAUAUUUUGCGCCGUAAUACUGACUUGGACAGCAGUUUCUGGACAAGACCAAUACGAACGCUCUCUCCAGGUUCCAGUCGGCAACGGAAUAUUUGAGGUGAAAUGGAAUGUGACGACCAAUGACAUUAAUUUCGAAUUUGCCGCUCCUACAACGGGCUGGAUAGGAUUAGGAUUUGGUUCGCGUAUUAGCCCGAAUUUGGACGAUGUAGAAUCUUUCAAGAAUGCCGACAUUUAUAUUGCUUGGCUUAGAACCGCCAAUCCGCCUGAACAGCAUUUCUAUGACUCAAAUAUUCAGCAGUACAUACAAAACCAAGGUUUUUUGGUCGCAAAAGACACGAUUCCAAACGUGGAUAGAUCGGAUGUCAGGACAGAACAGCGCAAUGGCAUCACAUACACCGUUGCUCGUUUUCAGCGUAAAUUAAGCACCUGUGACCUUCUCCAGGACUAUGCUAUUAACGGAAGUACAAUCAGCUUAAUUUUGGCUUUCGGAACGGUGACACCAUCAAGCGCUUUAGAACCAGUUCCCGUCUUCCUUAAUCUACAACAACCACGAGGACUCACCGUUCAACCCUACUUGUUGCUAGACCGUAAAUUUGGACGGAUCCCGUCAACGACAACUACAACCAACCCCGAUGCGCUUCAACCAUGGCGUCUCCCAAUUCCCGCGAUACAACCAGGUCUUGAUACUUUAUGGCCUACCAAUACAAACGUCAACAAUCUUGCCAGUACACUCCAAAAUGCUUGUCAGUUUAGCUCGGCUGACCUCCCAGAAAAUCAGCAAAGCAUUGUACAGGUUAAAGCCCAAGCUGAUCCACGCAUCCAGUCCAUAAAGCUGUAUAUGUGUGCUAAGAACAUAACUGCCGCGCAACUGCAAGAAAAGAGCAUUCAACCAAAUCGGUUUGUCGACAACUGCGUACCGGAAGGCAUCUAUGCGGACAUAAUAAAAAACUGCCGCGAAAUGAUUGCAUCGUGGAGCAACAUUGGAAGCAAUGUGCCGAACAGUUUUCCGGAUGACACCGGCUAUACCAUGAGUCGGGAAGAGUACGCAGGUCGAUUCAGAAUGCUUCAGGUCACCUACACUCCAUCCGGAAUCACUCCUAUUGGUGCAGUUCAAAAUGAGCUGCAACUCGACCUUUCCAAACGGACAGUUUCCAAAAAUAUUGGUUUAUUAUCGGUUUCUGCGGAUAACGGUGAAAAACUACUGAUUCCUGGUCAAAGCCGGGAAUUUCUUGUGCGAGCAUUUUGCGAUAUUCAGUGCUCCAGAAAACACAUUCCUGGCGGUGGAAUCACAUUAACCAGCGUUCAGCAUACAACAAACAGUUACGGUAUUCAAAUGCGCACACGACUGAUUCGUGACGGAAAAGAGGUGAAAGUCAUCAGCGAAGACUUUGCUCAUACUUCCGCUUUCCAACCUUUCCGCGAUAUCGACCAUGUGCAAAUUCUCCCGGGUGACCGAAUUCUUCUGGAAUGCACAUACAAUACAUCACGAGUGCUUUCGGACACAACCGGUGGAUACGGCAGCAACAAUGAAGCAUGCUCAGCAAUAUUCUCAUAUUAUCCUCGAAUUGCCGGCUUCCAGUUUUGUGGUUCAACACCGGAAUUGCGACACAUCCAAGCACUAAGAAAUGUUGCCAGAGCGGGCACGAAUACCGGUUCCGUGCCGAUGUUAAGCCGUAGCGAAAGUGCGCUACUGCAGCAGUAUCCAACUCCGUCUAAUACAGCAGACAACGCCCCGUAUGGGUCACUAGCAAUGGGAACAUAUGGCCCGAACACCGUUCCUGUUCUCGACCGGAAUGUCGCCGCCCCCGUAAGCAGCAAUCCCGAUCAAUGUGCGCAAUCGCGAGCUCAGAACCUGUAUCUGUAUCAUCGUCACGAGCCAGUCUGCGAGCUGGAGACACCAGAACUGUUCCGCGUUGACAGCAUCGACAUGCUACCGGUCCUGUCCGAUCCACAAUGCCCCAACGUUAUGAUUCAGCGUAAUAUCUCUUACGUCUGGCCACUGGAGUGCUACGAUAUAAUUUUCCGCGAUGAAGUCCAGAACAAGGAGAUCUGCAGGAACGUGACCGUUACACAGACCGGCGCAUCCGAACGUAACCUCAGCCAAACACCGACUAUUUUGUUGGCCAUAGUCAGUAUCUUGUACAAAUGCGUCAGGCUAAUUGCGUCCUGAGUUUCACAAAACUAUGAUUUUUCUUUCUUUAGAAAUUUAUCGUUUUGACCGUUUUCGCUUGUUUAUAGUCAAAUUAAAGCAUUAAGAAGUGG